CGUCACCAUUCUGCGCCACCCGUUAAACUUUUGCUGUGUAAUCUGAGUGAACGAACGAGGUUGCAGUGUUGCUCAGGGAAAACCUUACUUAUUAUAACUUUGAAAUUACAGUAUGGAGUAUUUGAUCGGGAUUCAGGGGCCAGACUUUGUCCUUGUAGCUGCUGAUAAUGUUGCAGCAAGCAGCAUCAUUCAGAUGAAACAGGACCAAGACAAGAUGUUCAAGCUCAGCGACAAGAUUCUGUUGUUAUGUGUAGGAGAGGCUGGAGAUACAGUACAGUUUGCAGAGUACAUCCAGAAGAAUAUUCAGCUCUACAAAAUGAGAAACGGUUAUGAACUCAGUCCAACAGCGGCAGCCAACUUCACACGCAAAAACCUUGCAGACUACCUUCGAAGCAGGACUCCAUACCAUGUGAACUUGUUGCUGGCCGGGUUUGAUGAGACAGAUGGCCCUGGGCUCUACUUCAUGGACUACCUGUCUGCUCUGGCCAAAGCCCCUUUUGCUGCCCAUGGCUACGGAGCCUAUCUCACCCUGUCCAUCCUCGACCGCUACUACAGACCAGAUCUGACUCGCGACGAAGCCGUGGAGCUGCUGAAGAAGUGCAUUGAGGAGUUGAACAAGCGCCUCAUCAUCAACCUGCCCUCCUUCAGUGUCCGUUUGAUUGACAAGGACGGCAUCCAUGACCUGGAGAAGCUCGUCCCCGUGGGCGCCAAGUGACCGCUCACUGCUCACCCCUAAUGGCCACAUUUUUCUACCGUAGACCCUGCUCUUUAUGUUCCAAUAAAUCGUGACACACUGUUGAGAUA